AUGUUUACACGUCCUCAGAGAAAUAAUUUGUCUCCAAUUUGUAUAUUUUUCUAUGUAAAUUGUCUCAUUUGGAUUUCAUAUUUUCAUAUUUAUGCGUCGCAUGAUUGGUUGCUUGCUUGUUUGCUUGCUAUCUAUCUAUCUAUCUAUCUAUCUAUCUAUCUAAGGGCGUUCAUUAUAUAUUUACCUAUCUAUCAUUGUCUGUUCACUAUCUAUCUAUCUAUCUAUCUAUCUAUCUAUCUAUCUAAAUCUGUUUACUAUCUAUCUAUCUAUCUAUCUAUCUAUCUAUCUAUCUAUCUAUCUAAAUCUAUUACACUCUCUUCUUAUUUCGCGACUUUAUACUUUCUUUCAUUUUUCCUUUCUUUCUUUUUUCUGUUUAUUCUUUCCCCGCUCCCACUCUCUCUUUCUCUUUCCCCUUAUCUCCGCCUUCCUCUCAGGAUUAUUUUCUUUGCUCUAUUACCACAUUUCAAUGUAUUUCCUUCUUUCCUUGUCAAUGUUUAUAUGUUUUUUUUCAGCUUAUUUUAUUCAUUUUGUCAACUUUUUCAUACUUCUUUUUUUUCUGUCGCUAUCUUUUUAGUUUCCAUUUAUUUUCCCUUUCUUUUUUAUUACUCAUUCAUUUUUUCUUCAAUUACUUUUCUUUUAGAACGAAUUUCUCCAUUAUCUUUCUUUGUCUCUUUCCUUUUCACUCUCUUCGUCUUUCUUUUUUUUCUUUCUAUUUUUCUUUCUCUAUCCUUUUUUCCUUUUUUCUCUUUAUCUUUCAUCCGUUUUACUCUUAAUUCUAUAAGCUUCCCUUUCUUUCCUGAUUAUAUUUUUACUUCUUUUUCUUUCGUAAUUAUAUUCUCAUUUUCCUCCCCACCAUAA